ACAACUUCAACAGAGUCACACUGUAAGCUUUUUAGAUCUUUCCCGAAGAAGAAGAAGAAGAAGAAGACGAAGAGAAAUGAGGCCGAUGCAGCUGGAUAUGUUGUCGGAGAUGGAUGAUGCAGGCUCCUCGAUGGCCAUGGACGUUGAUGACCUCGAAGCUAUGGAGAUCCUCAACGAAGGAGGACUUAUCUCAGAGAGCAAGCUCGCCGACGCCGAUUUCUUCAACAGAUUCGACGAUGAUUUCGAUGACACCGAUAUCAACUGAAAUCAUCCGGUUUAUUUCUUCUCUACGAUUUCAGUUUCGUUUAUUUUAUGUAAUUUCUGGUUGAACCGAUGUAGUAAGAAGAGCUGGGAUUUUAAGUUUGUGAUAAUGUAGCAAUUUGAAUAACCUAAGCUCAUGAUUUGGAUGUUAUUGCGCCUUUUCUGAUUGUUA